AAUAAAUAAGAUAAUAAAAAGAAUCUAACUCAAAAUCUUAAAACUAACUUUUACUUUUUUUAAAAAAAGCAGAAAACUAAAGCUUUAAAAUCAAUAAGAAAAUAUAAACCCGUUAUGAAAAAUAUAAGUUUUGGAGAGUAAGGAUUAUCUUAAGGGCAAAAUAGCACAGGAAAUCAGCCUUAUCCUUCGUAAUAUCCAAUCUAAAAUUAAAAACCUGUCCCCUACACUAAUUUUGAAUAAUACAAUAUGCAGUUUAAAAAUUAGCAAUAUUAAUAGCAAAAUUAACUCCAAUAGCCUUAAGUUUAGCAAUAGCAGGCAUAAUAAUUUUAGGGAUAAAAUAUUUAAUAGCAUGGUUUACUUACAAAUUCUUAAAACCAGUAGUUUUACUCUAUACUAUCUAACAGCUACUUGAGCUAAUAACCUGAAGAUCAAGUUUAAUUUAUGCAAGAAUCAAAAGAUAGUACUUCAUAUUAGUAAAGAGCAAACUAUAAUCCUAAUCUCAAGCUUUCAUAGCAACAAUAGCAGCAAUAACUAUAACAACAACAAUAGUAGUUGUAAUAAGUAGAAUAAGUAUAAGAGCAUCACAGCAAUAACGAAGAAAAACUAAUUUUAGAGUAAUAAUAAAAGCGCCAAAAUUAACUACUAUAACAACGUCUCUAAGAUUAACAAAUUUAAGGAGAAGUACAUGAAGUUGAAGAAGAGGAAGAUGAAGAACAUAAUUUAAACAGUCACAAAAAAUUCAGUCAGAUUAAAUAAGGAAAUUAAUAAAAAUAAGAUGGUGAGGGUAUUCUAAGAAGAGAAUAUAACGAAGAAGAGUAAUAGAGAUAGGAAGAAGUAGAUGAUGAAGAGGGGGAUGAUGAUGAUGCAGCAGCUGCAUAAGAGGAAGAUGAUUUAGAAGAAGAUUUAGAAAAUCAGUAAGAAUAAAACGAAGAAGGUGAAUAGCUUGCAGAUGAAGAGGAGGAAGAGGAAGAGGAUUAAGAAGAAAUGAAUCAAUGCUUUAAAUGUAGAAAUUUUGCUGAAGAAGUCUUAAUGAUGGAGUGUCAGCAUCAUUUAUGUCUUAAUUGUGCAUCUAAUUAAUACAAAAAUUUACUUAAAAAGUAGUAAAACGACUAAAGCUAAGAUUUGAUACAUAGCAUUGAUUGCGAAAAUUGCCAUUAAUCUACUCCUCUCCCAGAAGAGUCAAUAAAAGUUCUUCUUUCUGCUAAUAAUGAUUAUGAUACAUAUAACGACUAGUAUUAAAAUUAGUAAAGGGCUAUCUACUAAAAUGAAUAGCAGGCAAAUAACAUUUAGUAAGAUAACUUUUAUCGUCAGUAAUUACUAUAGUAGUAGUAAUUAUCAUAAUAGUAAUAGUAUAUGUAACAAUAUUAAUAGUAGUAGCAUUUAGCAUAACAAUAAAAUAUUCCUAAUAGAUAGCUAUAACAAUAGCAAUAACAGUUUUAUGCUAAUCAACCACCUUAGUAGAAUAACAAUGAUUAGGCUUAUUCUAAUAGACAAAACACUUUCCAACAUCAACAAUUACCUUCCUUUUCUAAUAAAUAGAAUUUCAAUAACUCUGCAUAGUCAAGCCCUUAACAACAAGCACUAUCUGCCAAUUUUUUAUAAGAUAACUAAUUCCAUGAGAAUGUUAAGGCUAGCAAGAAUAAAAAAAAAUCUAUGGAGGGAGGUAAUAAAGUGAGUUAAAAUUUAUCAUAAAAUUAGAGUAUGUCAGAGAAAAAUAACGAUGAAACUAUUCUAUAUUGCUUCACAUGCGAAUGUCAGUGCUUCAGCUUAGAUGAAUAUCUCAAAGGAAUGCACAAAAAUCAUAAUGUUAACAAUGUUAGCAAAGCUUAUGAGAGUCUCUAAGAACCCAUAGAUGACCUUAGAUUCAAAAUAAAAACAAGAGCUGAUUUACUUAUCUAAGAUGAUGCAAGGUUAAAUAAAAAAAAGAAAGAAUUAAGCGAAGUUUUAGAUCAUUGCAAGAUUCAAAUACAAAAGAGUUUUGAAGAAGUUAUUUUAGCACUUUAGUAGAAAUAAUAGGAGUUAAUUUAAUCAGCUGAAGAGUGUGUUGAAGAUAAAUUUAAUGAAAUUGAUAAAGGAAUAAGCAAAGUUCAUUCUAACCUACAAGUUUUGAAGGAAUUUGAUAAGAAUUUAGAGGAAGCCUAUUAUAAGCAAGAAAGAAAUAUUCAAAAUGAAAUAAGAGCAUUUAAUCAUUACUCAGAAAACAAAACUAAAAUAUUAGAAACUAUCCAAUUGAUGGACACAAAUCUUUUCCAUACAAUAAGAGAUAAAGUUUAAUAUGAAUUUUAAUUGGAUACAAACACUCUUUACUCACAUAUUGAUUCUAUUAAAAGAGUCAAGAUUGAAAUAUUUAGACUGAAAGGUCUCGAAACACCAGAUCCUAAUCGCUUAGAGCAUAAAUUUUAUGAAAAAUAAUAGUAAGAUAAGACAAAGAAACUGUUAGAACACAUUAUAUAGUAGCACGCAAAUGCUACAUCUUAAGCAAGAGUCCCUACUGCCGCUCACGAAGAAGAUCCUACUACUGGACCUUCUAUUUAAAUCCCUGGAUCUUAAUAGCAGCACGUUACUAGCUCAUCUUUUAUUCAUCAGAGCAAUAUUUUUGCUAGUCCUCAAAGUAAUAAAUAAAAUCUUUAUCUUAAUAGCAAUAUAAACUAAAGCAUAGCUGAUAUAUUUAAUUCUCAUAAAUCAUAAGCUAUUUCUGUAGUCCCCUAAAAUACUUAACCUUCUCCAAGUAGAUAUAUAAGAAUUAAAGUUAAUGGUACAGCAGAAACGACUUCAUCCAAGAGAUUCCACUCACCUUCUCAAAAUAUAUCUGGAAACCAAAGAAAAAUUAAAUUAAGUCCUUCUGGAAGAGACUUGAAUACAUAGAAGUCUAUAUAACUUUCUAAUUCAAUUAAUUUGCAUGGACCAUCACCAUCCUUUAAGACAUUUUCAUUGACAUCUCAAAGCACUAAACAAGCAUUCAGCAAUAUGCUAAAUAGUCCCUCUUCUAUUGUUAAAAAAUAUACUCCUGCAUAUGAAAAGCUUUCAUUAUAAAACAAAGAUUACAUAAAACAGAAUUAAUCACAAAGUAAUAGCAACAGCAGCAGAGCAAAUAUAUUUGAGUAGCUAGAAAAUUUUAAGAAAAAUAUUGAAGAAAUAAGGAAGCAGGGAUAGGCAGAUGAGAACAACCUAAAUAUGAAUAAUGGCUAUACUCAACCAACUCCUGAAGAAUAAGCCAUGAUAGUAGCUUAAAACAGAAUUCGUUAAUUAUAAGAAAAACUUUCAACGAAGUAUUGUUGA